GUAGCUAAUCCGAGGUGGUCAAAGUCACAUUACAAAAAGGCCUGCCACAUCGCCAUUAACCGGUGUCAGAAAGCACAGGCUAAUAGUGAGCUUGGUUAAGGCGAGGCUAAGGCUAAAACUCACCUUAAAUUAGCCCCUUGAAUCAAUGACUUGAGAUUAAAUUUUUCACUAUCUUGUUUUGGGUCAGAGCUCCAGGCUCCUUUUUUUUGUUUGGUGAUAGAUAUGCAGAAUCAGCUAGGGAUACCCACUGACCAAAUAUAGUAAGGAUAUGUAAAUUCAGGCAAAAACUGGUAACGACUAAGGAUACACAAACUCAGUAUUGGACUAUUUAUCUAGUUUAGACCACCCACACUUCAGUCUCAUUUCAUUAUGAUAUAGCACUUAUUACUAACGUAAGUUUGGCACAGAUAGAUAAGGAUUUGUGUCCUUUAACCAUCACUCCCGGAUUCGUACUCACUGAAAAAUAGGAAUGGAACUUGUUUAUUUGGAAGGAUCACCCACUUUACCUCUGCAGUUCCGGCACGAUGAAUUCCUGGUGCAAACAAAAAAAAAUGAUAUGGUACUUAUUUUACUUUUGUGACCAAGCAAAUCCAUGAAAUUCCGCAAAAUGUGUGACAGGUGUCUAAGGUUAGUGCCAUCAUCUUGUCACAUGAUUUGAGUUACAAAAUGACAAUUUUGCCACACCUUUUUGCUUCCUUUCAGUUUGGACUCCAGGGUCCGUAGGCUGUAGCAGCAAGAGGACCCCAAAAACCUUGGGUUUUGUAAGGAAUUUUGUUCACUCUCACUUGUCUACCACUACUGGUAUUGGAUUGCAGCUAAUUCAAAUUCAGAUUUCACACAUUAUUGUUGUCAUUAGGGUUCUUUCUUUUCAUGUAGAAUUAGAAUUACAAGUACAACCUUGUAAAAGAGAGAGAGAAGUAGCCAGGUAACUGCAGAGGUUUCUAGAUUUCAAAGAAGGUAGGUCAACUGCAACGUUGACAUUUUCUCAAGCAUGUUUCGUUCCAUGCUGUUGCCACAGUCAUAGGACCCCAUAGAAAAAAUAGAGUCAAGUUGAUUUCUUUUUCUCUCUCUCUAUCUUUUGCUUUGUUUUUGGUCCUUUCCUCUUUACUUUUCCUUGUUAGUAUGCCUAAAGCUUGCUUUUCUUUCACAAUUGGUGACUUGGGCUUUGUCCCAAAACAAGAAAAGAUGAUAAAUUUGUUCAAAUUUUGAAAUUGCAAGCUCAAAAUUUUAGUUUAGAACUUUGUAUUAUUCUCAGUUCUGUAAUGCCAUUACCAUAUUCUAAAAUGUAUAGGCUUCACUCUCAAAUCCACCAGAGCAAUGGUGCUCCUAUUCUUUCUCCAUAUUCUCCUUCUUCUUCUUCUUUUUCUUCUUAUAGUUCUUCUAAUUCAGCUUCUUCAUCCUCAGAUUCUUCAUCUGGGAAUAGUAGAAUAAGCCCUGCAAUUAUUUUCAUCAUAGUAAUUUUAUCUGUUGUGUUCUUCAUCUUGGGCACCCUCCACCUGCUUGUUAGAUUUCUCAUGAGACAAAGAUCUUCUUCUUCCUCAUCAAUUUCUCAAUCCAAUAGGUAUCCUGAAAUGUCUGAAUCUGAUGCAUACCAGAGACAGUUGCAGCAACUAUUCCACCUCCAUGACUCAGGUUUAGAUCAGGCUUUCAUUGAUGCACUCCCUGUGUUUCUCUACAAGGAGAUAAUUGGCUUGAAGGAGCCAUUUGAUUGUGCUGUUUGCCUUUGUGAGUUCUUGGAACAAGACAAGUUGAGGUUGCUGCCAAAUUGCAACCAUGCUUUUCACAUUGACUGCAUUGACACAUGGUUGCUUUCAAAUUCAACUUGUCCCCUUUGUAGAGGGACACUUUAUGCACCAGGGUUUUCAUUUGAGACCCCAUUUUUUGACUUUGAAGGUCCAUGUUAUGAGGACGAAGAUGGUGUUUCAGUUUCAGGAUUUGGUGUCAGUGGUGCUGGUUCUUCUAACAAGCCUGCUGAGAAUCACAUAAGGAAUGGGAAGAGGGUUUUUUCUGUGAGGCUUGGAAAAUUCAGAAGCUCAAAUAAUAAUGGAGUAGAUGGUGUUGAAAAAUGUGAAGGAGAGAGUAGUAAUAGUAGUAUUAGUUUUAGUAAUAGUCAUGGUAAUUUAGAUGCAAGGAGAUGCUACUCAAUGGGGUCUUACCAAUAUGUUGUUGCUGAUUCUGAUUUGAGGGUGGCUUUGUGUCCAAGCAUCAGUGGCAGUAUGAGACAAUUGAUUAAGGGAAGAAUAGCUACAACAAAUGGGAACAAUUUUUCUUCAACUGAUGUUGAUGUUGUUGAGGGAAAAAAGAUCAGCAAUGCAAGAAAAGGUGAGAGCUUUUCUGUUUCCAAGAUAUGGCAAUGGUCUAGGAAGGAUAACAGUAAGUUAAGAAGUUCAUCAGAGGCUCGAAUUCCAUAAUAAUUCUAUUUGUCACUGCAAUUUUAUUGCCAUGGAUGAACAACAAUGUCAGAGGUACAUGAACUGUUCAGUUUUUGAAUUUUGUAUUCCAAGUUUCUAACCAAUUUCAUCUUCUUAGUGGUUCUUUGUUGAGAUCCUUGUUCGUCUCAUGCUUUGAUUUAACCAUUUUGUUUUUCUUUUUGUUGUAAAUCAUCCCAUAAAAGCACUUUAGCAAUCAGUGUUCUUUUAAUUGAAAUGAUUCUCGACUCUUGAAUCUUGGAUUGUUGGAUGAAAAUUAGUCCUUUAAUUCAAAAAUCUAUUGAAGGGGUUACAUGUUUUAGGCCUUAAGAAUAUUAUUACAAUUAAUUAUAGUGGUUGCAGUUUUGUUUCUAGCACAGUUCUUGGAAAGCUAUAUCUAGCAGAGAUUUUUUGGAAAAAGAAAAGAAUUAAAAAAACCGGGAAGUUUCAGAACAUUUUUCUUUAGUUGUGGGACCCUAAUUACAUGUGAUUCUUUUAUCUAAGUGACAAAAGUGGUCUUUAUUAUUAGCAAUUUCUUGCAACAAGUGAGAUGAGAUAAAAGUGAGGUCAAAUUAGGGUUGCUUUUUGGAUGCCCUUGCUUUUGAAAAAAAAAAAAGGUUGUUACUUGCAUUAAAUAAUUAGAUAAUUUAAUUAAAUAUAUUAAAUUAUCUAAUAAUUUAAAGAGUUAUGUUACUUAUAUACUAAAAUUAAUUAUUAGUAUAAAAUAUAAGUUAAAAUAUAAAUAUAUAUUGAAAAUAAAUUAAAUUACACAUUUAUUUAUAUACAAAUAUAUUAGUGACUGAUUUUAAUGAGUGAUUUUAGUGUAUAAAUAGUAUUUUUAUAAUUUAAAAUAUCUUUUCA